AUUGACCUCAUAAAAAUAAAAGGGGGAGAGAGAGAGAGAGAAGAAAUAAUGAAUUGAGAAAUUAUGAGGCGAUUCAGCAAAUGAAGAAAGCAGGGCGGUGGGAAGAGAGGAAUGAAUGCCACUCUCUCUUUGCCUUUGCCUUUGCCUUCUCCGUCAACAGAGAUAAAGGGCCCACUUCCGUGAUCGCCAAGAAACGCUGCCGUUUUCCCCCUUAUCAUGAACAUAAAUUUGAAGUUGAGGAAUGUUAAUGGACUUCGUAAGACCUGAAGAAGCUCAAUUUGACACUUACCCGUUGUUAAUGGCGCGACCCACGCACCACGUCAUUGACAUAACCGGAACGGCAACGUUUGAAGCUGCUGCUUCUUCUUUUUCAAAUUCUAGAACGAGUAGUAGUAAUAAUAAUAAUAAUAAUACACGUAGGCAUAGGAGUCCCUUGAAUUCGGGGCUAUGGAUAUGUAUUGAGCUAGUCUUGACGUUAAGCCAGAUUGCUGCUUGUGUUGUUGUUUUGUCUCUGUCAAAGCACGAGCACCCACGCGCCCCUUUGUUUGCGUGGAUUGUCGGUUAUGCUUCCGGUUGUGUUGCUUCCCUUCCUCUACUCUUUUGGCGUUAUUAUCAUACUAGUCAUGUUCGAGACCAAGAUUCCUCUUCCAAUUAUGAUCCUUCUGGAACUCUUCUUUCCAGUUCCACCGUUAAUGGAGAGGAUGGUGUUAUGGUGGUUUCUAGAAGCAAUCAAGAUUCCUGGUUGAUGAAUGCCAGAUUGAAGCUACUUGUCGAAUACUUCAAGAUUGCCGUAGAUUGCUUUUUUGCUAUAUGGUUUGUUGUUGGAAAUGUAUGGAUUUUUGGUGGACAUUCAUCUGCUGAUGAAGCGCCUAACUUGUACAGGUUAUGUGUAGUGUUUCUUACUUUUAGCUGUAUCGGUUAUGCCAUGCCCUUCAUUCUUUGUGCAACAAUAUGCUGCUGUCUGCCUUGUAUAAUUUCCAUCCUUGGGGUUAGAGAGGAUCUGACUCAAACCCAAGGGGCAACCUCUGAAUCCAUUAAUGCACUGCCAACUUACAAGUUCAAAACGAAGAAAGAUAAAAGCAGGGAUGAAAGCAACUCAAAUGCCAGUGAAGGUGGAAUUGUGGCUGCAGGUACUGAAAAGGAACGCAUGAUUGCCGGGGAAGAUGCCGUUUGCUGCAUCUGCCUGGCAAAGUAUGAAAAUAACGAUGAGCUGAGAGAAUUGCCUUGUUCUCACCUUUUUCACAAAGACUGUGUAGACAAGUGGUUGAGGAUAAAUGCAUUAUGCCCCCUUUGCAAGAGUGAGGUUGGAGAGAACGUAACAACAGGAUCAGUCUCUAGGGAUGAUGCCAGCCAGCAUCAGGGUGAAAGCAGGGAUGAGAAUGGCAUCGCCAAUACCUCAUAAUUUGGUUUAUACGAAUACAGUCAUAUACAAUCUUGUAGUGUUGUAAAGCUUUUCCUACGCUACCCUCUUCCUUGGAUGGAUGUUUGAUUCUGAGGUCAUUCAUUCCAUUUCAUUUUUGUCGAUAUGUUUGCUUUCUCUUGCUGCAAUUUAAGUUGACUGUUACGGGAAUUAUAAGUGAAUGGAAAUUAUACUUAGGCAGGGGCUUUUGUUGUUUUAGCUCACAAAGUUCAAGUGGAACUUUGAUGGGAGAGAGAGAAUGGGGAGGAAGGGAAAAGAAAAAAUGAACGAUAUAGACGAGGAUAAUGAAUGUUAAUCUCUGAAGAGUAUUUAAAUUUUUUGCGGGUACAAAAUUACUCAUAAAGUGAAGUUUCUUUACAUUCGUA